UUUGAGUUGUACUCAGAGGCCAGCAUCGCUCUGCUCCACCUGAACACGGCGCAGGAUUUUGCUGAUUUGACCCAGCAGGCGAAAAAGAACCUGACUCUGGAUGGGAAAGAGUUAACCAUCAGCCCCGCCUACUUGUUUUGGGACAUUACAGCCAUCUCCCAGUCUAAGCAGGACGAAGACGUCUCAGCCAGCCGAUUUGAAGACAACGAAGAGCUCCGCUAUUCGCUGCGAUCCAUAGAGAAACACGCGCCCUGGGUGCGGCACAUCUUCAUCGUCACUAACGGACAAAUCCCCUCCUGGCUCAACCUGGACAACCCCAGAGUUUCAGUCGUCACACAUCAGGAUUUAUUCUUGAACCACACCCACCUUCCCACCUUCAGCUCCCCUGCCAUCGAAACCCACAUCCAUCGGAUCCCUGGGCUCUCCCAGAAGUUUAUUUACCUCAACGAUGACGUGAUGUUCGGUAAAGAAGUCUGGCCGGAUGACUUUUACAGCCACUCUAAGGGACAGAAGGUGUACCUCACCUGGCCUGUUCCAAACUGUGCAGAGGGCUGCCCAGGAUCCUGGAUCAAAGACGGGUACUGUGACAAGGCCUGCAACAACUCAGCUUGUGACUGGGAUGGAGGAGACUGUCUCGGUGCGGCGGGAAACCGGUUCCCUGCGGAGGUCGGCGGGGUCGGGCCUGGAGGAGCAGGUGCACAGGUGUGGCAGUUUGGAGGCGGCCUAGGAGGCGCCGGGGGGACGUUGUACUGCAACCAAGGCUGCGCCAACUCGUGGCUCGCUGAUAAGUUUUGCGACCAGGCCUGCAACGUGCUCUCGUGUGGCUUUGAUGUGGGCGACUGCGGCCAAGAGCACUUUGGUGAGCUGCACCGUGUGACCCUGCUGAGGAACCAGAGUCUCUACACUCUCCCCGUGGGCGAGACCAAACCCUAUUUCAGCUUCGAGAAAGUGGCUCGCAGAGUCUCGGAGGCCCACGUCAGCGACAACCCCGCGCUGCGACACACCUCRGUGGCCAACAAGUGGAAGAGCAUUCACCUGCUGCUCCACCCAGGCCACAARGCCACCCGCAUCCAGUACAACAUCACCUUCCAACGAGAGGACGACACCGAGUUCCAAAUGAGCUUUAUUGUAGCCGUYGACCCCCGGGAGGUCCCUCAGAAUAACGUUUCUAAGACUUUGAGCAAAGAGAAGGGACAAGAGUCCGAGCUGACCCCGACUCGCGAGCCGGUGUUUCUGUUCUCAGAUAUUCCCGAGGAAAAGCGAGGGCCCAAAAUUCACAAGAGGGAUCCUGGUGAAUCUGAGGGUACCAUGCAGAUUCCUUUAGUAAAUGUGUCUCUUUUACCAGCGGUUGUGCGCAGCGAGCUUCAGAAGUUGGAGGAGAAACUUCUGAUUGGUGACAUUACUCUGAAGGGUUAUUACUUCACCAAGGCUGAACUUCUGAAACCGUACAAGUCGCUGUCUGAAAAGCAGCAGGACGUCGAUUUACAAGCAGGCAGAGUCGAGGGGAAGCRUUACAAAGACCUGGAGGGAGUUCACGUAGAAGGAAGACCUCCCAUGASGAUUGACACUCCAAAAAUCGUCCAGGAAAAUCAAAACUCGGAUGAAAAAAAGAAUCUAAAGGAAGCCAUUGCUGUCGAAAAGAAACUUGUUACUCCUUUCGUCUCCGUCCGUAUUGAUGAUGUGUUGAAAAAUGUUGUUAGCCCCAAACCUUAUUCUUUGAAGGCUGCGAUUGAAAGACCCAUGAUCGCCAAACUUUUAGGCAACUUUUCCCAAAAAAGGAGUGAGGAGACUGGAGCUGAGCCACCCGGCGCUCCUUUAGUUGGAAGGAGACUCCAACACUUCACCUCCUCGGAUKGAGGCUUUCUGCCAUGGGAGAGGAGGAAAUAUUUCCAGGCUUUGCUUGAAGAGAAUGAGCGUCUCCAAAAAGAACUGUCCUACGAGACGGACGGGACGGCCACGGGACGAAAGCUGCGAGACACCUUUGCCGACUCGCUGCGUUACGUCAACAAACUGCUCAACAGCCAGUUCGGCUUCACGUCCCGCAAAGUCCCCGCCCACAUGCCGCACAUGAUCGACCGCCUCAUCAUGCAGGAGCUGCAGGACACAUUCCCAGAAGAAUURGACAAAACGUCGGGCCACCGCGUCCGACACUCGGAGGACAUGCAGUUUGCCUUUUCGUACUUCUACUUCCUGAUGAGCGCCCAGCAGCAGCUCAACGUCUCCGAAGUGUUUGACGAAAUCGACACUGAUCACUCGGGUAUUUUAUCCGACCGGGAGAUCCGGACUCUCGCCACGAGGAUCCACGAGCUCCCCCUCAGCCUCCAGGACCUGACAGGACUUGAGCAAAUGUUGAUAAACUGCUCUAAAACACUUCCAACUAACCUGACUCAUCUGCACCUGGUGAGCCCGACUCAGGAAGCCUACUAUGACCCCAACAUGCCUCCUGUUACAAAAGGCCUCAUCCUUCACUGCAAGCCCAUCACGGAGCGGAUUCACAAAACUUUCAGAGACCAAAAUAAAUACAAGUUUGAGAUAAUGGGGGAGGAGGAGAUAGCUUUCAAAAUGGUGCGGACCAACGUGUCCCACGUGGUGGGCCAGCUGGACGACAUAAGGAAGAACCCAAGGAAGUUCAUCUGRCUGAAUGAUAACAUCGACCACAGCCAUAAGGACGCCGCCACAGUAAAAGCCGUGUUGAGAGAUUUCUACGAAUCCAUGUUCCCGCUGCCGUCCCAGUUUGAACUUCCCAGAGAGUACCGCAACAGGUUCCUGCACAUAACGGAGCUCCAGGAAUGGCGGUUGUAUCGGGACAAGCUGAAGUUCUGGACCCACUGCGUCCUGGUGACUCUGGUCGUCUUCACCGUCAUGUCCUUCUUUGCUGAGCAGCUGAUUCUGCUGAAGCGAAAGCUGUUCCCCAGACGCAGAGCGAACAGAGACAGCAACUCUGAGCGAGUGUGAAAGAGAAAAGACUUCCUCUUCUCUCUGAGCUUCGCCCUCCACCUCCUCUCUCCACCUCGGCGGCGAGGCAGACUGGGGGGGUAGGGGGACUACUGGGCGGAAACAGGAGUCCAGGAGUCCUGAGCGCGGCGUGCCGCCCGGUAUAGAUGGAGGUUCCUGUCAGGUGGAGUGGACAUUAGUUUUGAAGAUGAUGGAUGGCGAUGGCUGGUGAUGGAAACAGCAGCCAGACACUUGAUACCUUUUUAUUUUAUCGAGGACAUUCGAGACACUCCCCCCACACCUCAGACCCUUCUUCUAACGCCCUGCCAUCAGUUUGUACUCUUUAAUAACGGACCUCCUCACUGCAGCCGGUUUUAUCAAAAAAUUCACGCUGCUACUUUUACUGCUACAAACAUCGAAAGUGUUUGUUUUUGUUGUCCUGGUCUUUUUAAUAAGAAGUUAAACAUUUCAAACAGAAGAUGUCAAAUUCUCUGCUGGGGAAAUCAAAUGAGGUUUUUUUUUUAUUUUUUGGAAAAUUGGUAAAAAGUUAAAAGAAACCAUGAAAAAUCAAAUGAUUUCAGUUUUGACUGUUACACCUUUGAAACGAAGUGCCUUUGUUGUUUCUGUUUACUGUUCGAUCUGAACAUGUUCUGUAUGUGGGACUCUUGGUUUACAUUAGUGAUGAACUGAACAGGGAAAAUGUUGAUUAUUAUUAUUAUWGAUGUGGUGCAGAUGAUGAUUGUGCAGCUUUUACAGCCACCUGUAAGUGUGUCCCUGUGGGACUCGACAGGCUCGCUGCUGUCUGAAAUUCAGACCCUCCCUCCCUCUCAGCAUGUUCUGUAACUUAUUGUCUUGUUGUGACCGGAGUGAUAAUUUAGUCUUAUAAAUUGGUUGCAAUCUGUUCGAAACCUCRUCUGUACGUCAGUUUUAUCAGUGUUCUGUCGGCAGAUGGGGCGCUAAACAAGCAAAUCUGGGAUUUCUCCUCAUUUUGGAUCAGUGGGUUUGGUUGAAAUCAGMUUUAUUCGGUUCAGUUUAGAGGGCUUUUUUCUUGUGACGUGUCACGACAGUACAAAAAGAACAGAAUGCCGUGCUAAAAGGACAAACUGGUUCUUAGGUUAAAAUGUUUCUAUGAAUAAAYCUUGAUUUUUAUGAACAUC